AUGGACGAGCUAGGCCUAGAAUUCGAUUUUCAUGAAUUGCAAUACGCUCUUGGUGAUGUGUCUCGUCCAAUCCUACAAGGAAUUUCAGGUAGGAUUAGGAAAGGCCGCGUGUUUGGGAUCAUGGGGCCAUCUGGCGCGGGAAAGUCCACUUUUAUCGAUAUCCUCGUAGGAAAAACCAAGCAAACGGGCGGGUUAACAGCCAUCAAUGGGAUGCAAGAAAAUUCACUGAAGUUUGAGCAUUUGAUUGGCUUCGUCCCACAGGAUGAUUGUGUCUUGGCGGAUCUCACCGUUCGAGAAAAUAUUCUCCACUCCGCUCGUAUAAAGCUUGGAGGGAUGUUGAACGACGACGAUAUUAGAUUGCAUGUUGACGGAGUGAUCGCACAUAUCGGCUUAUUUCAUGUGAAAGAUAGGCUUACGGGAAGUGUCGAGAAAAGAGGUAUAUCCGGCGGCGAGCGCAAGCGGGUUUGCAUUGCCAAAGAGAUUAUUGCAAUGCCGAUGGCGCUUAUUUUGGACGAACCAACUUCUGGACUCGAUGCGACAGCUGCCUUGUCGAUAAUGACCCUCCUUAAAACACUCUCUACCUUUGGUAUCACCAUCGCCUGCUCGGUUCAUCAGCCACGUGCAGAUAUAUUUCGCCUUCUGGACGACAUCCUGCUCUUGCACCUUGGAGAAUUGAUAUACAUGGGAGAGGUGGCCCCAUUAGACGCGCUUUUUGGAGAACUUCAGGCUCCUAAUCCCAACGGAUACAAUCCUGCUGACAAUAUGAUGGAUGUGAUCACCGAUCCGCAAUUAUGCUCAGAAUUCCCCUGGCCCUCUUCUCGACACACUGAUAGUCAGGUCGAUGACUGGCCGACUUCUUCGAAAAACUCUAUGGUCGGCAAUUUUCGACGUGCAUCAGAGUUGAAAAAGAACUUCGGUAAAUACAAGGCGCCUUGGUAUCGUCAGGUACUUCUAUAUACGCUUUGUGGUGCAAAGCAACAACGUCGGCAGGUGUUCAGUAUUCUCUUAGAAAUGGUCACCGGAGCAACCGCUGGUCUUCUUCUGGGCCUAGCAAUAUACGAACGCAAGGGACACCUAUUCCAGGGAUAUUUUCGACCACCUUUUGAGCCCUUAUCAAGUGCAGUCGACUAUGUCUUCGUCCCUGCGGUGGGCCUUCUUUGCAGCUUGUCAAUCAGUCUCGCAGCUGCACCCGCUGGGAUAAAGACAAUUGCAGAGGAGAAGCUUAUUUUCUACCAAGAGGUUCAUUCAGGUCAUUCAGCCAGCGCUUAUUUUAUUGGGAAGGACAUUGCCACCUGGCCUCGCAUCCUCGUAUCAUCCUUGCAUUUCACGACAUUUUACAUGAUUCUCGCAACUCCCGUGAUCCCGUUUCACACCCUGUUCUUGCUAAACGCGGUUUAUUUCUUCUGUAUUUACGGACUAGCUUCGCUUGUGGCGUCCUUCGUACGGCGGCAGGAUGCUUUACUACUGGCGAUGCUUGCAAGCCUUAUCUCAAGUAUCCUAAAUGGCUUUGGUCCACGGUUGGGUCUUGUCAAGUCGUGGCAUAUGGUAUGGAUGUGGUAUAUUUGCCCCGGGACCUGGUACUCUGAGGCUUUUUUCAGUGAACACACGAUACCAUUCGCGCAACUGUAUGACGUGGAUGCGGCUGCAAGCUACACCGGAUAUGUGACUAGGAGGACUUCUUUCGAUCUCGGUGUCCUUAUCACAAUUGGAGUCGUGUACCGCAUUAUUGCCUAUGUGGGGCUGGUGCUUCCCAUUAUGAACUUUCCCUUUCUGAAGAAGGCCUCUAAAUAG